AUGGCUGAUAAGGACAGAUGUAUCUUCAUAAAUGCAAUAAUUAUACUCCUGACUGCACACAUUUGCGCAUCCGUAGCCAGCACGGGCUUGCGAAACCUUUCACUGUCCAUCAAACCACCGUGGGUACGGCGUGGUCAGGAGGCCCAACUGCACUGUCAGUACGAGAUGGAAGGCGCGCCACUCUACUCCGUCAAAUGGUACCGAGGCACGCUGGAGUUCUAUCGAUAUUCGCCGUUUGAAAAUCCUCCGGCAAAGAUUUUCCCCUUCACCGGCAUUAAAGUGGAUAUGACAGUAUCCAAUGCCACCCACGUAACGUUACGGAACGUUGGGUUCAAUUUGUCGGGAAAUUUCACCUGCGAGGUAACGGCGGAUGCACCUUCGUUCUACACCGGAGUUGCAACAAACGUGCUAACGGUAGUCGAACUGCCCCACUCGCCGCCAACCCUGCUUGCGGAACACACCAAGUAUGACCCGGGCGAUAUAUUGCGAGCCAACUGCUCGACGCCACCAUCAAAACCUGGUGCCACGAUAACGUUUCUGCUGAACAGCAUGACGGUUGGCUCCGAACCCACGGUGCUGCAUCCAACUCAUGACAAUCUGCACUGGGCGUCGCGGGAUCUCAUCAUUCAGCUGCUACCCUCGCAUUACUCCACCGGGCAGCUAAUACUGCGAUGCCUGGCUGAGGUUGGCACCAUCUAUUCCGAGGUAUCACAAACCGCGCUGGAGUCAAGCCGCAAAGAGCCCAUUCCAGAGCGAGUUACAUCGCCCAACGGUGCGACGACACUAGACACCCGCCAGCAGCUGGUCACGAUUGUCCUCGGCAUGCUGGCGAUACUGGGCGUAAUACACUCGAACCAGUCCACCCACGGCUCGCUGCUGCGAUAG